AUGAAUUAAAAACGAUUUCAUGAAAGCAAUGCAAUUCCAUUACAUCUAACAAAUCAAAUAUCAGAAGGGAUUCAUGGACUUGGGUAUGAAAGAAGCUUCUCAUCUGAGUCAGAAGAAGGACAGUAUACAAGUUUAAAGAAGGAGGAUCAUAAUGGAUUUGAGGAUGCUAGAGUCACAAAACUAUUAUUUGAGACUCAUCGUUUGAUUGAACAUGUUAGGUUACAAUUAAUAAUAGUGAUAACAGUGAUACUGAUCAUAGAUGUAUGAGAAUUAUUAUAUAGUUUGAUGAUUAAUAUUUCAUAUCUGAUUGGGAAGAUGAUACGUUUUUAUGGUUAGUUUUCACAUUGAAUUGUAUUUUGUUACUAUUGACUUAUAUGACAUACAAAAUCAAAUUUGAUUAUUUAAAGGCCACUUAAUUGAUUCCAUUGAGUCUAGGUUUUCAUAAAAGCGAUUUCUUUAAUCCUUUUUUAUUAGAAUUGUUGAUAUAUUUACCGAUACCUAAUGUAUUUUCAAAAAGUAAAUUGAGUAUUAAAUUAGAUAUUCAGUUUGAAUUCACAAUAUAUAGAAUUGAUGGUGUAUUCUAUUUUACAAUGAAUGAUUUGCUAUUUUUAUGGACAUGUUUGAGAGCUGUAACAUUAAUGUUUAUUCUCUUGAGAUUAAGUCAUUUAUAUAAUAGUUAGGUGUAUAGAUUAUCAUUAUAUUUUGGUUUCAGAGUUAAAUGGAGUUUCACUUUCAAAUCAUUAGCAAAUGAGAAACCAGUACUUGUGAUUUCAACUAUUUUUACUAUUCAAGCUUGUUAUCUCACAUUGGCAUUAUGGAUAGUUGAACGUCCAUAUAUGAGAGAGGAUAAUUCAGAUACAAUGUAUUUGUUAAAACAUUCUUUUUAUGAAACAAUGUUGGCAUUGAUAAGAUAUUCUUAUGAAGAGUAUGAACCAUAUACUGUUUAUGGGAAAAUCGUUUUAUCAUUCACAUAAUACUCUGGUUUUGCUACUACAUCAUUGUUGAUUGCAGCUAUAGCAAGACGUUUCUAUAUGUAAUCAAAUCAAUUCAACGCUUAUGUUUUACUUGCUAGAUUAAAAACAUCACAUGAAAUGCUUAUUUUAACUUAAGCAAUAGGUGAAUAAUUUUAUUAUUUAACCAAAUAUCCUAUCAAUCCAUUUUCAAAUGGAAGAGCAAAAUAAUGUUUAUCUAAUUUAAAGAAGUUCUUUUAGAAAAGACGAAAUUAUCAGAGAACAGUUGCUGAAUUGACCGAAUAACUAUUCAAUAGAAAAAUGAAGGAUUUCAAAUGGAUUAUGUAAGAUUAUUAUGAAAUCUGUAAAUUGAUACAAGAAUAAUAGAAAGAGAUUUAUUAAUGUUAUUCUGAUUAAUAAUAAUUGUUUUUAUUAUGAUAAUAUUUUACAUAUUAUUGACAAUAUCAUAUGCUUCAUUUUCUGGUGAUAGAGUAAGUAAAUCAGAGUUUGAAAAUCUUCUCAAUAGUGAUUAAGAUGUAUGAUAAAUUUAUUAAAAAAUAGUUAUUACUCUUGAUUAUUAAGGAUGAUUAAAUGGUUGCUUUAUGGAAUCAAUUAUAUUAAUAACAUGCUGAUUUAAUUAUUAUGGGAGUUGUAGAUUGUAGAUAAGCUAAUGAUUUAUGCACUGAAUUGGGUAUAGAAUAGACUCCAUAAUUACUAUUUGUUAAUAAACAUGAAAAAGCUUUAAUCUAUUUUGAUGGACAAUGGAAUUCAGAUUCCAUUACAUAAUGGUUAAUAGGAGAUCAUGAACAUUCUGAAGAGGAAUUUGAAAUCUAUAUUCAAGUUGAUUAACCAAAAAUCAAUGAAAAUGUCUAAUGGGUUACUGAUGUAGAGAUUGAUGAUAUUGAUAAUUCUAAUAAUCAUUAGGAUUCACAAGAACAUAUUAAUUAUCAUGAUGAUCAUCAUUCAGAAAAUAUUGAAAAAAUAAAAUAUGAAGAAUUGCAAUAAUUAAUAAUACUUAAUGAAUAACUUUCUUAUAGAACUGAAAAGUUUAGAAGAGAUAUUGAUUUAGUAAAGCAUUAAACUAAUAUGCUCAAUACAUCAUAUAUGAUUGAAUUAAAUAGAUAAGAAACAUCUAUUAAUUUCACUAUAUAUCUCUAUUCUUCAGGUAUGCUAGCAUUAGUUUGUGUUCUAUUUACUUGGAAGAAAAUUAAUGUUCUUAAAAAGAAGUCGUCAAUUCUAGUGUAAUGAUAAUUUAUAUUUUUAAUUUAUCCAAAAAUCAAUAUGAGCGAAUAGAACAAAUUUCGCAUACUUAAAACUACUUAACCUACUCAUCCUAACUAAUAAGGAUGGCCAACUUAAAGAUCUGACUCUUCCAAUGAAAGACUCACCAGAAUACAGAGAGAUUCACUUCCAAAUUUAAAGAGUUCAUAACAGUACUCAAAUAUCUCUUAUAGAUAUUCCCAAAAACAUAAAGCAUUAUCUUAAGGAGUAUUUUAUUGAUAAAUAUAUAGACAUUUUAUGGAUCUCCAUUAUUAGCACAAAAUUAAUUAGAAAUUAUAGAUAAAAUGAAAUGUUAACCUAGAAAUGAUUUCUAUGGAUAAUUAAAAAGUGUAGAUCCAUAUCAAUAUCCUACACGUUUAACAGACCUGUAUCUCUCACCUAAAACACUAAGAGAGCGUAAUAUCUUACCAUUUAUAUCCAAGCUACUGUUGAGGUGCAUAUCCCAAAUGAAUUAAAAGAACCCCCAUUAUAAUUUGGCAAUUUCUGUAAUAAUUUGUCUAAACAUAACCCAAGAGACAAACUUCAUAGAGGUAUUCCUCAAAAGUAACUUAAAUUAUUUAUGUAGACAUGAUAUUAAAUCACUUGCUAUUUGGGUUGAUCUUAUGGUACAAUAGAUUGUAGAUAAAUAUAGUGAUCAAAAAUAAUUUGAUUUUUAUGAAGAAGUUUAAAAUGUACUAACUUUAUGUUUAAAAGAACUAAUAAGAUAAAUCAGUAUUGAUUGUAUUGAAAGGAGGUGAUGUAAAUUUACAAAUAUAUUUAGUGUUCUACUUGAAAAGAUUUGGACUUAAUAUGUAGAAAUUAAUUCUACUGUUAUUAAUUAAGUUGUUAAUGAAAAAAAAGAAAAUGAAAAAUAAAAUCUCAAAUAAAUUAUGAAAACACAUUAAUUAUAUUAAUAAGAAAUUGAUAAUUUUUAAUUAAUUAUUUCAAAUUAAAAAGAAGAAUAAUCCAAGCUUACAGAUAAAUUAAUUAAAUUAAAAGAUAAUGGAAAAUAUCUCAAAAAAACUAAUAGAAAUUUAUAAAAUACAGUUAGAGAACUUAAAUUCUAAUUAAAUGAUUACACUACUUCAAAUAAAUAUUUAUUAAAUGAAAUUGAAAAUCUUAAAUAAUAAAUCUAAGAAAAUGAAACAGAUUUCCACGAUUUUUAAUAAAGAUUUCAAGCCAAUUACAGAUCAUAAUCUCCAUAAAAUAGUGAUCAUUCUCCCCUUUAAUUUCCAUAACCUAUAAAAGUGAUUCAACCUAACAUGCAUUAAGCAUUCUAAAGUGAUGAAUAAAUUAUAGAUGUAUUAAAAAAUGACUCAGAUACCACUUUAUCAAAUUUUGAAGAUAUGCUUAAAAAUUAAACUACUGAUACAAAUGAUCUAAUUACUAUCAUGAACUUAUAAAGAGAAUAAUCUAUUCAAACUAUUGUAUUUAAUAAUGUUCCUGAAUAUAAGUUACUAUUUUUUAUUAAUUUUAGAUCUAUCCUCUUACCAGAUUAUCGACAUAAUAUUGUUCAAACUGAUUUUAGUAUGGGUAAUGCAAUCGAUAAGGAAACAUAAACUGAAUUACCAAAUGAAAUACUAGAAGAGAUCAAAAAUGAAGAAGAUUAAUUAAUACAAUUUUAAGAAUAAUUUUUUAAAGCUUCUGAAAAUUAUAAAUAAUUUAUAGAAGGAGAUCAAUUAGAUAGUCCUGAUUUAAAAUAAAUGUCAUCUUUUAUUAUCAGUCUAGGUGAUAUAUCAACUAAAAUAAAAUAAACAGUUUAAUAAUAAAGAGAAUAUAGAACAAGUUUAUUAUUAAUUAAUAGUGCAUAAAAAGAUGAAAAUCAUAGAAAUGCAAAUGAAUUAUAAUUAUUAGUAAAAAAUCUUAAUUAAUUUAGAAAAAUACUAAUGAUAAUCUAUAAUAGAAUUUAGAAUCAGCAAAAAAUGAAAUUAUAGAAUUGGAAGCUCAUUUAGAAUUACAGGAAAAAGUAAAUAUUAUUAAAUAUUAUAGAUAAAUUCUAAAUUAGAAAGAAAAUACAAUAAAAUAAAAGAUAAGAAAUAAUAAUUAAUUGAAAAAACUACUAAUUUAAUAAAUUAAUUAACUAAAACACAGAAAUUUACAAAUAUCAUUAAAAAAAAAAUACAAGAAAAAAGAUCAAGUGUUUUCUCCUAGAAAAAAUAACCUGCCACUCAAUCAUAAAGUCAAUUACCUUCAUCCAUAGAAAUAUCAUAGAAUUUUUAAUAAUAGUUUUUAUUAUCAAGUAAUCCAUAAAAUAACUUUGUUGCUUAAUCUCCAGGAAGAUAAUAGUUAAGUGGAUAAUCAAAUAGAAAGUAAUCCAAACCAGAAAGUUCAACUAAUAGAAAUAUAUAAUAGGAAAAUUUACUUUAGGAAAUUAAUGUACCUAAAAAGAAAUGGAAUAUUUAAAUUACAAAUACUGAUGAAUAAUAAAAGGAAUCUGAUAAUGAGAGUGACAUAUCUUAAUCACAGAUUUCAUUUUAAUAAAGUAUUUCAAUUGUUUAAGAUGUAUUAAAUAUUGUUUAAAAUAGGAUGUUAUAUCAUAACGUAGUUUUGUAUCUAAUAGAAGAUCAUCUCAAAUUUAAGGUUAAGCUAAAUCACCUGGAAAUCAUGUAAUUUUUAAUUAUACUUAAUGUAGUAAUUAAUUCCAAGUAAUGGAAACAAUAGAUCAAGUCUCAAAUCUGCAAAAAAAAGUACUCCAAUUAGUACUUCUAAUACUUUAAACAAUGAAAAUGUAAAAAUGAUUUCAGAUACCCUAAGAAAGUUUUUGAAUGAAGAACUUGAUAAUAGUGAAGCUUCUAGUAUUGAUACAUCGUUUUCAUCAAAAUGGGAAGCUUUUUCUAAAAAAAAAUCAGAUAGAUAACAAAAGAAAAGAAAUAUCACAUAAACACAAGCUCCAAGUAAUUUAAUUUUUUAUAAAUUUUAAGAAUUUUAAAACAGAAAUAAUGCUGAAUCUACAACAUAACUCAAUUACUAAAGAUCUAAAUAUUUGGUAACAUUUUUAGCUGAACGUUUUGCUAAAAACCCAAAGUUAGCCACUCCAAAAAUGUAAAGAAUUAAUGUUUUAAAAUUCAUAUCAUAAUUUUAUUGUGAUAAGAUUAAGUAAUAUUCUAAUAAAAAUACUCCUCUACAUUAGAUAUGUUAUGAACAUUUUGUUAAUACUUAUGGAUUCAAAAGCAUGGCUGAAUAAAAAUUAACCAAUUUCUAUUAAUCUGUAUAUUUCUAUAGAGAGAAUUUCAGAAUCAAUUUAUUUGGAAGGUAAAUAUAUAUAAUUGAUCAAAAGAUUUCUGGAAUUAUUAAGUCCCCUUACUUUGGAUGAUUUAGAUAUUUAUAUCCAAUCUUUGAAAAUCCUAGAUGAAAAUGAAAUAGCUCUUCAUAUGGCAUCAAUUGUUAAUGAGAAGGGAGUUUUAGUUUAAUUGGAUAAGGCCAUAGCAUCAUUAGAUAUUUAGCAUUCAUGUUUGGGAGCAGAUAUUAGGGAUAAAAUUAUAAAGGAAAUUCGUUAAAAUACUUAUGAAAGGAAAAAUAAGGUUUGUGUGGAUGUAGAUUACUUUAUAAGUAAAUUGUUGAAUGGCUAUCAUCAACAUAAAUCAAUACAUUAAGCUCAUUUUGAAGAAGUAUUUUAUUCAGCUGAUAUGGAUAUGGAUGGAAUGAUUGAGUUUUAGGAAUUUCAAAAAUUAUAUCUACAUUUUGAAAUUAAUUAAGGAACUACUUCUAAUAAAAAGUAUAUCAGAACUCAAUUUAUGGAAAGAUGUGAUACUAUUUCAAAUGAAAGUGGUGAAAAAGCAAUGUCUUUAGAUCGUUUUGUUACUUUCUCUUUAGAAAAUAAUAUUUUUUCUGAAGAGAAAUUUUCAGUAUAAAUUGAAUUUUAACAUUUAAUAGAAAUUUUCAAAAAAUGUUGAUUCUAAUGAUCCAAUAAAAAAUGUGAAUGAUCUUAAAGACAAUUGGAAAUACAUAUAAUCCUUAUUAAUGAGUAGGAUAAAUUUAAGUGAACCUAAUGAGGGAGACUACUAUCAAAGUAUAAUUUAAAAGCUUGAUUAAGUAAAAAUUGAGAAAUUACUAAUUUAGGCUUUAAAUAAUAAGGAAUUAAAAGAAAGCUAUUGGAUUUCGUAUAGGAUCUUAGAUGCAGAUACCAAAGCAUUUUAUUUGAAUAAAAUAGCAUCUGAUUUAAUCCCAGAAGAUUUACUGUAUUUUUAAGAAUUAAUGGUUGAACUUUUCGAUGAUAAUAUUGAGAUUGAUUGA